UGAACAAUGCUAACAACAAAACACAAGUCCAUUUAUGUCAUAUUCUCAACUUCAAUUCAAAAUUCAUUAAAUUCUAUCCAAGAUAACUUCUAAGAAACUUCAUAUCAAGGACUGCUUGAUCUAUAAAACACCAGAAUCUCUCUCUUUUGAUCCAUAUCCUUCACAAUUUUGAUCCUUAUAAUUUCUUCAAUCUAAAAAAAAAACAUUAUGGGAGUCACAACCUUUACAAAUGAGUACUCUUCGUCUGUCUCGCCGUCGCGCAUGUUUACGGCUUUGAUCAUAGACUCCAGAAAUUUGAUUCCAAAGCUCUUGCCAAAGUUUGUGAAAGAUGUGAAUGUAAUCCAAGGAGAUGGAGGAGCUGGAAGCAUUGAACAAGUCAACUUCAAUGAAGGUAGUCCCUUCAAAUAUCUGAAACAAAAGAUUGAUGUACUUGAUAAGGAGAAUUUGAUUUGCAAAUACACAAUGAUUGAAGGGGAUCCAUUAGGGGACAAGCUUGAAUCUAUUACUUAUGAGGUGAAGUUUGAGGGUAGAAAUGAUGGAGGUUGUGUAUGUAAAAUGGCAAGCAGUUACAAAACCAUUGGAGAUUUUGAUGUUGAUGAGGAAGAUGUAAAGGAAGGAAGAGAAAGCACCCUUGGAAUUUACAAAGUUGUGGAGUCUUAUCUGCUGGAAAAUCCACAAGUCUAUGCUUGAUUCUUUAUUUAUUACAUAUCACAUGUAUCAUAGAUGAUAUUCAAAUUUAUAUUUGUUUUUAUUUUAUUUUGUGCAACCAUAUUAUAGGGGCGUUUAGAAUGGUUGCUAAGAGUUGAAUUCCUUAAUAAGUCUUUAAGAUAUUUGUGGCCAUAGAUGGCUAGAGAAUAGUGGUUUGGCAUAUAUAUUUGUACAAUAAGUUGGAAACUAUAUAUUGAACAUUUCAAUAUAAGAGCUUUUAAUUUUACUUUUUUA